AUGCGCGUGUGCGGCGACUAUUUCCGUGUGCUCAUCGUGCUCAUCAGCUUCCUGUGCCUCGUUUCCGUGUGCUCCAACUACAUCAUCAUCAAUUUUACGUUCAUUUGCAUGAAAGAUGACCUCAGCGAGGCGCGCGACGUCAACGGGGUACUGUAGGCGGAAGUCGAGCACACUGUCGUUUUGGAAACUGACUUUUUGAGGUGUACACGAACGAGAAAACGUCGGACCCGAUUCUAGGCACUAAAAAAGGGUGUCUAGACACAGAGGGUUCGAAGGGUUCAAUUAAAAACCAGUACAGAGAUUGGAGUUUCAUUUCUCGGGUGGAGAACAAUGAAAACACAUAGUUUUUAUAUCGGCUUCUAGAAACAGUGAAAUUUACGAAUUUCUUUAGUUCAAUAAUGUUCCAAUCGUGUUCUUCUGCCCCAUUUUCCACACUGCCAAAAACUGUUCUCCGUCGUAAUUAUGGAGACAUUUGCAACCAAACACUCUCAACAAUCCUCCUCUCGGUGCAGUUUCAGUGCAAACACUUUGGACACGUGACAAAUCUAGAACCAUGGAAUUUGUAGUUUGACGAUGUCAUUCAGUUGAAAUCACAGUUUCACCAGCUUGGUAACUUGUGAAAAAACGAUACUUCUAUUUGAUUCUGAGGGAACGAUCUUUGUUUAGAGAACAAAUUGAAGCUCCUAGGAAAUUAACGAGUUAUUACUGCUUCAUGUUGCAAAAAAGUAUGUAGCCUAGAUGGUUUUAAUAGUUGAAUAGACUAAUGCGCGCACGGUCUCCAGAGCUGACAAUGGGAGCAAGUGCGCCCCGCCCAAUAGAGCGAUACAUUGGCGCGAAAUUUAAAUUUUAACUGCAAAAUUUGUGUUUUUUUUCCAGAUUAGCCACGAAAAACCGAUAAUUUCUUAUUUGUCUCUCGAUAAAUCGAUUGUAUAGGCUAUUACAAAUUUUUUAAGCGCAAGAGCGUUAAAUUUGGUCAAGUCGCAAAUCACAUUUAUCCGUUUGAAGGUUUUUGGCUAAAACUGCGUGAAUUUCAGUUACUUUUCGGUAGUUUUCGCGGUUCGAGCGCUCAAAAUGCUUGUAUUUACGUGAUUUAUCAUUCUCAAAGCCAAUUCUGUCUGAAAACGGUCAAGAAAGCGCAAAAUGAGAAGUGCGGUUUUUAGGCGGCGAAGGCGAAAAAGCAAAGUCCGCGAAAAAUGCGCCAAAAGUUAAUUAAUUCUGAGAAUUAGUGUAUUUUCAUGUCGAACAAUCAUUUUUCAUCGCCUUUGACGACAAAAAUCAAAGAAAACCUGCUCAAUUCAUGAAAACGCCAUUUGGCCGCCGAGGCCACGCCCAUAUUGUCAGCUCUGGAGGCCGUGGCGCAUUAAACAGGUUUUUCGUAAAACAGCAAUUUCUAGAGUUUCAACAAAGUCGGACUGAAAUCUUUCCAUUUGCAGACACUCACGAGCAUCUAUGACUACACUCCGACCGAAAAGAAGUACAUUUUAUGGGCGGUCGCAUUUGGAACCAUGCUCGGAACCUUUCCGAUUAACAUCCUUUACGUUCGAUUCGGAGCAAAGUGACCUUUUUUUCAGAGUUUUAUUUAAAAAAAUCUUAAUGACUUUCAGAUUUCCCUUUUUCUUCGCUGGUGUCCUUUCUGCGAUCACAACCGGACUGACCCCCUGGGCCGCCUCUCAGUCAAUGUCAAUUUUUAUCAUUUUGAGAUUUCUGCAGGUAUUUACUUGAAUUUUCGGGAAUAUUGUCAGUAAUUGCAGGGUGUCGCGUACUCGGCCGACUUCGCCGCCAUCGGAAUAGUCAUUUCGAAGUGGGCGCCCCUAAAAGAGACGGCAAUUUUCAUCGCAACACUCACUUCCUUCACCUCCAUCGCCUCGAUUAUCACGAACGGAUUGAGCGGAGUGGUGAGUGCGGCCGGCAGGCAGCGGUCUUGUGUUUGCCCGCGCAGCCCUGGCCAGCCGUCGGUUCCAUGGUGUAGCGGUUAGCACUCAGGACUCUGAAUCCUGCGACCCGAGUUCAAAUCUCGGUGGGACCUAUCGCGUUUUUUUGCAGAUUUGUGCUAGUUCGUUGGGUUGGAAAUGGAGUUUCUAUUUGCACGCGAUCGCAUGCUUGAUCGUUUUCACCGCAUGGGUACUCGUUUACAAGGACGACCCGUCGGUGCAUAGAAGUGUCAGCGAAAAAGAGUUGGGACGGAUCCAAAAGAACAAGUCUGAGGCUCAUCUGAAGGACGGAAUGGCCGUUCCGUACACGGCGAUCUUCACGAGUCCCGUGGUGCUCACAGUUUGGCUCUGCGCGUUCACCGAGCUCUCCACACUCAUUCUCAUUGCCACGUACGCUCCGAUUUACUUCAGAAGCGUUCUGGGAUUCGAUGUUAGUCCGGAACGAUCUCCAAACUUUUUGAUAAACUUGGAAACUGUUCAGAUCAAACUAAUCGGCUUCUACUUGGGACUCCUGACGGCCAUCCAUCUGCCGUUCCGUUUCGUGUGCGCCUUUCUGAGCGACAAGGCCAAAUGCGUCUCGGAACUCUCGAAAAUCCACAUCUUCAACACGCUGGCCGUCGGAUUCGUCGGCAUUUCCUUCAUCAUUUUCGGUCAAAUCCCCCCGGAACACAGCAUUUCGGCAGUUAUCUGUCUCGCCAUUCUCGAAUGUUUCAUCAGUUUCAACUGCGGCGGGUUCUACAAGUGCGGCACUUUGCACUCGAGGUCGGAGUGUGCGCGAUUGAGUUUCCAAGAAACAAAAAACAUUUUCAGACAGUUCGCGUCGACCGUAAUCUCUGCAAUUCAGUUCACAAAAUGCAUUUCGCUAUUCUCGGGACCCGCUCUCGUUUCUUUCUUCGUCACCGACGAGGCCAAUCAAACCCAAUGGAGUCACGUCUUUUUGACGCUCGCAUCGUUUUCUUUCCUGGUAUGUCUUCGGCAGGGCUGAGCUUUUCGGGGGUCUUACAAGUUUUAUUGGUCUAAAACUUGGACCCAAUAUACUUCAAUCCAAGUUCAGGAAACCUGCAAAGUUCAGAAGAUCUUUGUGAGAUGUUGGGACUUCCUUUAAACACAAUAAUACUGUGAAACUUCUACUACCAUGAUUUUGAAACCGGAGACUUCUUUUUCAAAAAGUACACGAAUGCCCUAGAGCCUCGUAUUUUCCAGUUUUCUUCUGUAAAUGAGCAAAAGGAUCAUGCAAACAGUAACAAUUACUGUCGGUAAUCGUUUGAUGUCCUCAUUUUGAAACACGAAACUGCUGUUUCAUGAAGGCUAUCUACAUAUCCUUAGAAACUUCUAGAACUUAGUGAGCUGUUUAAAAAAAUACGUUUUUUUUACGUCAAAAAACCCAAUUCAGCGAUGUAAAAAACGAAAAAAAAACGGAAAACAAACAUACGCUGAAUAGCCCCAUAAGUUGGUGAAAAAUCGAUUUGAGACCCAAAUCUCACUGUUUCAAAAUGUCCAUUUACGCUUUCAAUACCCCUCAGCAUCUGAUAAAUUAUUUCAGGCGAACGUGCUCUCGUUCAUCUUCUUCACCGACAAACCGGCCAAGUGGACAGAAGACGGAGGCGUCGUGAAGUAUUCGAAGAAGGCGGACGACGUGAAAAUCUAG